AUGAGUGAAGAUAUCGAAAUAGAAGACGUUAUAAAUUUCAAUGACGAGGAGGAUUAUUCUGAGAUGGAUAUUGAAGGAACAUUGAAGAAAUAUUUCAAAUGCCCAAAGGUUGGGCAUCUUCCACAAAUGCUAAAUUCAGAAAAAAGGGCGGGGAAAAGAAUUAAAGUGAAUGUUAUUGGUCGUUAUUCUAGAGAAUUUAAUCAACAAGGAACAUCCAUCGUACUUGAAACUUUUAAAGCUGUGAGUUCUCCAAAUGAAGAAAACUA